UUCCUGUACCCCCGGUUGAGGAAGUGAAUUCGCUGACAGGGCUGGGUUCCGCAAGGGAGCUGAAGAGAAAUAACAUCGGGAGGGGCAAAAAUAAUAACUAAAUAAUACACCGAGUCGAGCGACCACAAUAAUUCGACAGCUGCGAGACACCAGUGAACGUUUAUUUCCCUUGUGAGAUCAUCAUCGAGAGCCGCAGACAUGAAUGACCAGCAGCUCGACUGUGCUCUGGACCUGAUGAGGCGCUUGCCUCCCCAGCAGAUCGAGAAGAAUCUCAGCGACCUCAUCGACCUGGUACCCAGCCUGUGUGAGGACCUGCUCUCCUCUGUGGACCAGCCCCUGAAGAUUGCCAGAGACAGGGUGGUGGGAAAGGACUACUUGCUCUGUGACUAUAAUCGCGAUGGUGACUCCUACAGAUCCCCCUGGAGUAAUAAGUAUGAGCCCCCCAUUGAUGAUGGGGCCAUGCCCUCUGCACGCCUGCGCAAGCUGGAGGUGGAAGCAAACAAUGCCUUCGACCAGUACAGAGACCUGUACUUUGAGGGGGGCGUCUCCUCGGUGUACCUCUGGGACCUGGACCAUGGGUUUGCCGGGGUCAUCCUCAUCAAGAAGGCCGGAGACGGCUCCAAGAAAAUCAAGGGAUGCUGGGACUCCAUCCAUGUGGUGGAGGUGCAGGAGAAGUCUAGUGGACGCACGGCCCACUACAAGCUGACCUCCACUGUGAUGCUGUGGUUGCAGACGACCAAGACCGGCUCCGGCACCAUGAACCUGGGGGGCAGUCUGACCAGACAAAUGGAGAAAGACGAGACGGUCAGCGAGUCCUCCCCCCACAUCGCCAACAUCGGACGCCUAGUGGAGGACAUGGAGAAUAAGAUCCGCUCCACUCUGAACGAGAUCUACUUUGGCAAGACCAAGGACAUCGUCAACGGCCUAAGGAGUGUCCAGACCCUGGCGGAUAAGUCCAAGCAAGAGUCCCUGAGGAAUGACCUUAUGGAGGCGCUCAAACGCAAGCAGCAAAGUUAGACAUGCUGUAGUCCUCUCUCUCUGUCUCUCUCUCUCUCUCUCUGUCUCUCUCUCUCUCUCUCUCUCUCUCUCUCUCUCUCUCUCUCUCUCUCUCUCUCUCUCUCUCUCUCUCUAGCUCUCUCUCUCCAUCUCCGUCUUUCUCUCCCUGUCUCUCUCUUACACAAAAUCUCCUCACCUCACUCUUGCUACACCUUCUUUUUUCUGUUUGUUUUUGUUUUGAUUUUGUUUUUUGUUUUUUUGUUUUUUGUUUGUUUGUUUUCUUGUCCGUCUCUGUUGGUCCCUCUCACCACCUGUCUCAGUGCUGCACUCUUGGAAAAGGAAAAAAGGAGAAAACGCUUAGCUUUGUAUUUUUAUUUUUUUUUUCUUAUUUGUGUUUUUCUUUGUUGAGGCAUCAUCAUUCUCAUUGAAGCCAUUCACCACUCUCUCGUUUCUCUCCAUCUUUGUUUCUCUCUCUUUCUCUCUCUCUUUCUCUGAUGUUAAGUUUAAUAAUAUUCUGAUAGUAUUAUGACGGUUAAUGAACACAUUGCAGAAUGAGAGUGGCUUGUGCACUCCCUUCAGCUCUCUCGCUCACACACACACACACACAUACAUACAGACACGCAGACACACAGCGACAGAUACAUGCAGACACACACACUUGUGUAUGUGUGCGUGUGUGACUAGCCUUACCUCUGUAGCAUCACUAAGGCCCACAGAUUUAGGACCCCUACACCUUGAGAGGACGAUCCUGGUAACAACUUUGCCGAUCUUAGCCGAAUUCCACACAUGCCUCCCAACAUCAGAUGGAAACGUUUUUUUGUUGUUUUUUUUGUUUUUUCACUGGUAUAAUUUCUGAUAAAGCCCCAACCUCCUAUAUCUGUAUGAAAUAUAACUGUUGCUCCUAAAGAACUGUUGCUCCUAAAGAAAGAUGUACUGUAACAAAGGUUAUUAAGAGGGUCAUGCUAGAUUUGUAUUAUCAUUACAACAAUUAUUAUUUUUAAUAUUAUUAUUAUUAUUAUUAUUAUUGUUGCAAUCGAUGGUUGGUAUACCUCACAACUCCCGCUAUCCCAUACCAGUGUGAGUGUAUGGUGUUAGUGUACGGAGGUUCGAGUGAACUGGGCAUGUGCACAAGGAGUUGGGUCUGGGGGUGUGGGAGGAGAGAUGGUUGACCUUGAAAGUGACCCUAUGACCUUGCAAACAUGGCUUGACUGAAAUGAGGGAGGAAAGGUGAAGUGUACUGUGGAUUGCCCCCCCCCCCCCCUCUCUUACUGUGUACUACCACAUCAGUUUGUGUCCCUAUCUUUUUCUCUCUCUCUCUCUUUUCUCUGGUCUAGGGUCUUGUUUUCUGUCUCGGAGUCUUGUCCGGAAGCUUCUUGGCUGUUUGUUCUUUUGGGUGGGGGUUGGGUGUGGGGCUGGUGGAUUUAUCAUAUGUUGUCAAAUUUUUUUUUUUUUUUUUUUUUUUUUUUUGUAAAGCUUAUGAUUCAUGUUGUAUUAGAGCCUCCAGCAACAAUAAAAAACUGUAAAAUGCUAAA